UGUGUUAGCUGGGACGCAAGAGGGUGAGGGCGCUUUCCCUGGCUGCUGCGCGCCCAGCCUGAGCCAUGCUGCCCGCUGCUGUCCGGAGGUGGCUGCACAGACCCAAGCGUUCUGAUCCCAGACUACUAUCACAGUUUUUCUAUGCUGAUGAGCGAGUGACUCGAGUGGUAACCGAAAUCAACUGCCUGGAUGUAGAGACAGAUCCCCAGCAAUAUCUGGUGCUGCUAAACCAAUUACAUCUCAGCCAGGCCGAACUGCUGUCUAUCAUAGAGCGGAUCAUGGAUGAGUGCAUCCCCAAGGAACGUCACGGCCGUGACUAUGUCAUCAAAUUCCCCGAAGACCUGCUUGUGGACAACCUCCGGAACCACCUGCUGUUUGCUGCUGAGUGUCUCAUGGCACGCACCUAUAUUGAUGUGGAUGAGGCAGAUGGAGUACGGCUACGACCUCUGGCAAAGGAUCUGCUAUGCAGCUUGGAGCUGGUGCGGACGGUACUCCGGGAGCAAAGCCUGAACCAACCUGGCCCCUUUUCAGAGCCGGUCCAUAGGGCAUUGAUCCGUUUUGAUGUGCUCUUUGCUGAGUUUGAGCUGAGCUACGUGUCGUCACUUGUCUCAGUGAAGUCACCUGAAGAGAUCUAUAGGCAGCAGGAGAUUAUUGUGCUCUUCUGUGAAACUGUAGCCAGAGCUCUGAAAUGUGGCUACUUGACUCAGGAGAUGAUUGAUGGUUAUGAGCCACAGCUGAUGUUCACCAUUCCACGCCUGGCCAUUAUUAGUGGUCUUCUGAUCUAUCCUGAUGGACCCCUCAACUUGGAGCGGAGGCCUGAGGAGAUUUCCCGAGUUUUCAGCCCCUUCUAUGUCUUGCUUAGAAAAAUCAGGGAUUUGCUGCGGGUGCUGACCAAGGACGAACUGUACAAGUUGGAGAAGCGGGUGCUGAAUCAGAGUGCUGUGGAUUCACAGCCCUCCGGUGCUGUAGACUCUCCUGAUUUGGGGGGCUUUGCAACUCCAUGUGGCUGCCUGUCUGUCUCAAGGCAUCUGGGGCAAGAUUUUAACAGUACCAAAGUAGCAGCAAUUACAGACUCCCCACGGAGUGCCCGGUGGCUGGAAUUACGAGCCCGUUACAGCAGUACAGAGGACAUGAUCCACACGUUGUUUGUCUGCAUCUCUGGAGUGGCAGACCAGCUCCAAACCAACUUUGCUAGUGACCUGCGUGCGAUUCUGAAGAGCGUGUUUAAGAUUGUGACAACCCAGAUGGAGGAAGUGGAGGUGACCGACUCCAGCCAAGUGGAAGUCUGUUUGGCUCCAACAGCACCUCAUCAGGCAGACUGUGCUCUCUGUUCCAGUAGUAGGGAAGACACUGGGAGAGAAGAUGGGUUGAUGCCACCAGACUGGGUGCCAGACAGCACUUGCAGCCACUGUAUGGCUUGCCAAGCACCGUUCACUUUUCUUCGUCGACGGCAUCAUUGCCGGAGUUGUGGAAAGAUCUUCUGCUCUCGCUGCUCAUCACACUUGGCGCCUCUGCCCCAUUUCAGGCAACUGAACCCAGUUCGCGUUUGUACACACUGCUACACCACCCACUUGCCUUCCACUAGCAAAAAUGACCACUGCUUAUGAGCGCAACCUCUGAAUUUGGUCUUCAUCGAAUGCCACCAGUGCCUGAACAAACAUAAGAUUGGAAGGCAGCUGCAGCCUGUAUCACCAGCAGAGGACCGUGGGAGCAUCCACACGUGUGACAUGACUUGUUAGGAUGCAUUUGGGAGGGAGCUCUCCAAAGGGCUUUGGUGGCCAGGGCUUAUAGGGUGGCAUAUGUGGAAGAGGGGACUCCAGGUUUUAUAGCUGGGGCUGAAAUCUUCCUUGUUUAAUACCACUUGGGGGUCAUUUGGCUGAAACUAGAAUUCACUGCAGAAGAAGUGUGGGGAAACUCUUGUGUAUGCCAUAAAGGCUUACUUCCCCCAAAUACUCUGUUAUUGUGAUGGAGUGAACUCUGGCCCAUGUAGAGAUGGCCUGGUGCUGGUUGCCUGGCUUCUGCUGGAGCCUGAGGAUAGUUUUCUGUUUUGUUUUUAACAAAUGUGUAAAUAUGCAUUACCAAAUUAAGUGAUGUAAGUGCAAUAAGGGCUUUAGGGUGCCUUUGACUUGAUCUAAAAGGCAAGAUCUUGUAUCUGAUUACAACUGCCUUGUAGAGGAUUGCCGUACUAUUUUUGCUCACCAGCUUCUAAUGUAGGGAAGGGCUGCAAAAAUCUACCUAUGCAAUGUAGUUCCUGUAAAACUCUCCUGCAACAAUUGUCAUGUGGAAGAUGCUUUGGAAACCUCUCUGAGAGACUUGCAACUCCUUCUUGACACCAGCCUGAGCUGGUUAUUUUCCUGAAUACUUGAAUAAAUGAUUUCUUCUUCUUA